AUGCUUUCAAUUAAAUUAGAAUUACAAUUAUCCUCAUUUUCUACUCCCUUUCUAUUUUGCUUAUAUGAAGAAAGCAACUAUGAAACUAUUAUUGAUUUAUAAUAAGCAAGUAAUAGAGCAAUUGUUAAGAUUAAAAGGAUUUUAGAUAUGAGAUGGUAAAAAGUGAAAUUGAAUUAUCUUAAAUGGUCAAGUUUAACAGAUGUUUAAAUCAAUUAACCACUAUUUUAAUGUAGAAAAAUAUGGGAUGUGCCAACUUAAUUAUCUUUUUAUCUUUUAUUAGUUUCUAUCAAGGCAAAUAGUUUUGUGAAGGUUUUCAUCUAAGUAAACUCAUUUAUAAUAGGUGAUAAAAAUCAAAUUAUUGAUAUUUAUCAAAUACACACUGCCUCCAUUAUUAUAUUAACUUCAGAUAAAAAAGAAUAUAUGAUUAUUCUUAGGGAAAAGUGGGCUUUUUACUUUGUGGAAAUUUUAAAAAAUAGAAGGAUAUUUAUAAAUUACAUGCUAAAUGUAUGUAUUUUGAUCAUUCAAAUAAAUAUUUAAUUAUUUAUUAUUUAGAUUAAUUGUAUUUAUGUGUCUACUAGUGGGUAUAAUCUAAAUAAUGGAAAAUUGAUGAGAACUUUCAUACAUCCUAAUGAGAAUUAAUUCUAUUUAUAUGAGUAAUAGACCAUUAUUUUGUAUUCUAUUCUAUUCAGCAUUAAAUCAUCAAAGUUUUAAUUAUUCUAUCAAUGAAUUCUUAUUGGAGGUUUAAUAUGAAUAAAGCUUAUCCUUAAUAGGUUGUUAAAUUAUGAGAAAUAAUAUAUUCUAAGAUUUUAUGGUAAUCAUUUAUAUAUAUAGGCAGAUGGAACUGAAAAUGGUGAAUUGGUUAGAAGAUCCUUACCUUAUUUAUAAUACUUAAAAAGAUUUUAAAUAUCGACCAAAUCACCUAUUUUAUAAAUAUCUUGCUUAAAGGUGAAAAAAAAUUCAUUUGUAGAUAUAAUCAUGAUGAAAUAUCAAGUUUAUUUUUUAUGGAUAAAACUAAAAUCUUAUUUAAAGAUUAAUGGGAACUCUAUAAUCAAUUAAAGAUAGAUAUUAGGAUAUGAUAGAAGUUGA